AGUGUCUUAAGUCUUGACCUAAUCUUUACAGCUUUCAUGCCUUCAGUGCCAAAAAGCAAGACGCUAGGGUAAGAAAAGGUGGAUGAAAUGUUGAUGGUACUCUGACAACAGUGCUGGUAAUCAUCUUCUGUGAUCUGUUUCUUUGGGAGUGCAAAGUCAGCAGAGAGAAAGUUCCUGUGUGCUUGUGGGUGCCUGCAUAUUUCAACUUACAGAGAAGAGGUUUUUUGUCAAGUGUUCCAGCCCCUAACUAUAGUUACCAUUUACAGUCUCACAGAGUGAGAGUUAGUGUCAUAGGACAGAGCCAAAAUGUUGGAUGACAUCAAGAAGCGUUUUGAAUUUCCUAAUGCAUUUAUUCAGUCACAGGCAGUGGGUCAUCUGAUUGCUGUAAUAUUGCAAGAAAAUGUUUCUUCGGAGAAGAUCAGACAGGCGUCUGACCAGACUCCUGCUCUGAACUUGCUUUGGGAGAAGUGCUGCAGUGAGAAUGCUGCCUUGCGAACAGCCUGCUCUGAGGGGUUGGUGGCACUUGUUGAAGAGAAACAUGCUGAGCUCAACUAUGUUCUUCAUGGAGCUCUCAACCUAAUUCCCUCAGCAAGGAAUGUGCAUGGUUUAAUAAGAACUAUUUGGAAAUUACUACAAAUUCAAGCUAUUCAACUGGGAAAAGAUGGAGAUGAGGCUGUUUGGAAUCUGUAUGGAAUCAGGAACGGUCCUCAUCCAUUAAUCAGUGUCCUUGAAAACAGACCUGAUUGCUGGCCAGUUCUGCUGCAGCAGAUAACAGUAUUUUUCCAUCAGUGUCCAGAGAGGGCACAGAGUUCAUGUGUUGGCUUAAUGGCUCCCUUUCUAAGAUACCUGUAUUGCGAACCAUCUCAGUUACGGGAAUAUGCUGAACUGCGAAUGGGUUUACUUAAGAUCUUGCUUCAGCCUCAUGGUCCAAAGCACAAAGAAGCACCCUCUGUGCUGGAAUGCCAGAUUCUUCAACUUCUGUGUGAUUUGAUUCCACGCCUUCAGCUUAAAGACUUACUGCAAGUUACAGAAGCCUUGUUUUUUCUGCAAGAGCUAUUCCUCAGCCUACUGCGCUAUCCUGUGUUUUGGAAAGUUCAGUUAUCCCAGUUUUGUCUGCAACUGUUAUGCUUCUGUGAAGUGUGUUUAAAUGCAACAGGAGAAUGCUCAUCUUUGAUCUCCUUAAUAGAAGACAACUUUGAGCUCUUAAAAGAGGUGUUUCCAGUGGAACAAUGUAUAAUUGGGCUAGCGCUUCUACUGUUGCAAACACCAGAAAGUCAGCAAAAAUCUGUCUUGAGUCUAGCCUACAAGCUCCUUUGCUGUUCAGAAACCCAGAAUAUCUCAACUACAGCCCUUAUUUUGGUGAUGCCUGUGCUGCAGAUCUUAUCUUCUACAGCAGUUGGGGACUGCCUAUCAGAUGAUGAUUCUGGAACGACCAGGCAGCAGCUGGCUGUAAAUCUUUUGGGAAUAUUACAGGAGGAAGGUGUGAAGGAUAAAAAGGAAUUGGUGUCCUUCAAACUCCUUUUCCCCAUAACCAGCUCUUACAGCUCAUUGUAUACAACCUGUAAGAUCAUAGAGCUUAUGAAAGAGAAGUCUGCGGUUACUAACUGGUUAUCUUCAGUGAAAUCACUGCUGCCUGUUACAACUCGAGUCCCUGCCCAUGUUUUUCUGCUGCUGGCUUACCUACUGAUCCAAGAAAAUGGAGACAUUCUUCGUGAUGUACUCCAGGCUACUACGGAAAUAGCCAAGGCUGAUUGUUCUCAGGUCCCAAAUCUGAUCCCAGUUCUGAUAUUUAAAUUGGGAAGACCUUUGGAGCCUGCACUUUACAGGGAUAUAUUGUAUACGUUGCCUACAUUGGGUGUACACAAGGUUUGUGUAGCUCAGAUUCUACGUGCCAUACACAUACUGGGGAGCACGCCAAAGCUUAGAGCAGUCACUUUGCGGCUGAUGACAUCCUUAUGGGAAAGACAGGAUCGAAUUUACCCAGAAUUGCAGAAGUUCUUGGCAAUGUCUGAUAUGCCCUCUUUGUCUGUUGACAAAGAUACUCAAUGGGAAAAAAUUAUUGCUAAAGCUGCUUGUAUAAGAGAUAUAUGUAGGCAGAGGCCAUAUCAGCACGGAGCAGACAUGUUGGCUGCAAUUUGCCAGGUAUUAAAUGAAUGCACAAAACCUGAUCAAGCUUCACCGGCUGCCAUAGUGUUACAGGGUCUUCACGCACUUUGUGAGGCUGAGGUUGUUUGCAUCCGUUCUACAUGGAAUUCUCUGUCACCAAAGUUGAGCUGUGAUACAAGACCCCUCAUUUUAAAAGCACUGAAUGAAUUGUUUGCCCUGGUUCCCUCGUUAACAGUGAAUACAAACGAAUACGAGAAAUUCAAAGCUCAAGUUAUCAGCUUCCUUUGGAAAAACACACAAAACAAGGAUGCUGUUGUAGCCAUUUCAGCCUAUAAAUCACUCUCAUCAUUCGGCUCUGAAGAACAUACAAUUCUUCAUCUUCCUGAACAGGCACGACCAGAAGUUGACUCACUGGAGGAGGCAGACAUGAAUGAAGAUGAAGAAGAGGAAAAGGAGGCAGAUCUUUUUGUUCCGGGUUCUUCGUAUAUCAAGUUGUUAUCUCUAAUGCCAGCUUCUGUUUUAGGAGCAUUUGAAGAGUUUGCAACAUCCCUUGUGAAACAGGAGAUGACCAACAUGCCGCGUGGUGUGUAUCAUUCAGCCUUGAGAGGAGGGACCACACACUCAGACCAGGGGAAGACCAUGGCAAGUGUUCCAAACUUCUUACUGAAAAUGUACGAGAGGAACAACCAACCAGGCAUGACGCCAGGCCUUGCAGCUGGCAUGUUGUUGUGUUACGACCUUCCAAUCCAUAUGGGCAAAGAUGGCAAGCCUAUAAAUCGAUUUCUGGCCAGCAGAGGACGCAAUUUCCAGCAAAUGUUGGUAGCCCUCAUUCAUGAGGUUAACAUUCAACCUUCUGAAUGGCACCGCUCCAUACUGCUGCCACAGUCCUGGUUAGGAUUUAUGAGUCGAACCUACAGAGCAGUCCUGCAGGGGAGGCAGGCAGAGCUGGAGAUGCAGUUAAAACAUGGAAAAGAGGAUCCUGAAGAGGUGCAGUACAAACAAUUUACAGCCUGGCUGUGGGUCAGAGAUAUGUUGACUGAUGUCAUCAAAGGUGCUUCCAAAGACAGCCCAGUGGUGAAAGGAAACUCUAUUUUUGCCUUAACUGGUCUUGCAGUUGCUGUAGCCAAAUACGAAAGCAGCCUUUCCUCAGACACUGAAGUGAUGCCUGAGACUGAAUCUGAUUUUCUUCCCACAAAACACUGGAUUUCUAUGGUCACAGAGACCCUUUUUAGUAUUGUGAAUAGCCGGUAUCACCCUAAAGGUCAAGUCUUCACAUGGUUCUACCAGAAGUCCUAUUCAGGUGAAAAUACUGCUGGUAUUAUAGCUCGUUCCUGUGCAGCCACUGCUUUGUCUCUCCUGGUGCCAGUUUUCAUUGUAUCAUGCAAGGAGAAGAUUGAGGAGGUCCUGAAUAUGCUGACUGACAGGUUACCUGGGAAACCAAAUGCUGAUGAGUCUCAAGCUGUUCAAAUCCACAUGGGCCUUGGUUUGGGGAUGUUUAUCUCACGUUUGUAUGAAGAAAAAGUCAGUGAUGUACCUGGUCAACAGAUGAACUUAGUUCUAAUGAAGUCCCUGGAUGCACUGGAAGACUGCUGCUUUGACACCAGCCUGGAGUUCAACACUGGAUGUAUUUUGGGAGUAGGACUUGUUCUUUCCCUUAUGAGUCACAGUAGCCAAACAGAAUCGCGAGUGCAUGUUUCCGCUUCAUUUCAAAAACUCUGUAAAUACCUGGACAGCAGUGAGGACCAAAGCAGAUGGGUCCAGGAGGUACUUGCCUAUUCUGUGGCCUGUUCCUGUGUCUCUGCUUUCAGUGUUGGAAUCAUAGAAGCAGCUGAGGCUGAGGAGGCCAUGAAUAAGCUACGGACCUUAGUGGAAAAUAAUCAGCAGACCCACGGUUUUGCUUUAGCUCUAGGCGCAAUAGUACAUGGAUUGUCAGCUUGUGGUCAUGGGAAAGCCGAAGACCUGAGUAACAGACUAAUGCCAACCUGGAUAAAAAUUGUGCUUGCAGAGGGUUCUCCAACAAUGCACCGUCUGGCUGCUGUCAGUGGGCUGGUUGCACUGGUGGGUUCUGAAGGAGGCAUGAUAGAGCUGAAAUCUGAGAGCAUUCAGUCCUCUCAGUUUCAAAGUAAGCUGAAUGAAGUCAUCAGAACCCUUACACAGAUAAUCAGUUUUUCAGGGCAGGUUGGCCUUCAGACAAAUGCAGCCGGACUUUUGGGACGCCUUCAUAUGUCCUGUUUGUCUUCUACCCAAAACAGGGCAUCCGUUCCUCCAGAUUUUAGCUACUUGCCUGAAACCAGCUUUAUCAGGGCAGCCAUUGACUUUGCCAUUGAAAGUGGAAAGAAAGGCCCUGAAUCUGUCCCAGCUGAGCUGGUGAAAGUAGCACUGGCACCCAUUGCAUUAGUUGGAGAAAGCCAUCAGUAUCCACCUGUAAACUGGGCAUCCAUUCUUUCUCCUUUGAUGAGGCUAAACUUUGGCGAUGAGGUAAAACAUCUCUGCCUUCAACUGGCUGUGACACAGGCCCAGUCAUCUCAAAAUGCAGCAAUCCUUUUGGGGAUGUGGGUGGCACCUCCCCUUGUCUACAGUCUCAGUAUGAAAACCCAGAAAUACCUUUUCAUGUCCCUGCCUCUGUGGAUGAAACAUGUUGCAGAAGACAAACUACAGUCUUUUACAGAAGUGUUUGUGAUACAACAAUUCGAGGUGAAGAACCGCACCAAAAAACCAGAAAUUUGCCAGUGUGUUUUACAGGGGCUCAUGCAGGCAAUGAAACUUCCAAACCCUGCCCAGUACUGCUGGAGCUUUUUGUGCCAGGCUGUGGAGAAAAUAUUUGAGCUUCUACCAAAUGAAGUUCAGAGAGGUGAACUGGAGAUGUAUAUUGAUGUAGCAAAAUGUAUCUCAGAAAUGGCUGAUUCAGAGAUUGAUCACAUUUUCCAGAUCUCUAAGAACAAUAUAGAGAAGGCCACAUUCACGAAAGUGUAUUUAAUUUCUCAAGGCAGACUGCCUCUGAUGAACUUGAGUGCCGUGAUUGAUACUGUGGCAGGAUAUCACCAGAAAGAAAGUAUUUUAUGGAUGCUCUUGCAUGGUUUCUAUCAUGCUCGUAUUGUGAACCAUGAAAACACAGGAGUGCUGAAAAGAAUGGACUGGCUGCUAGACUUGAUGGGCUACAUCAGAAACCUAGCAUACCAGUCAACACCCUUACAAAAUGUCAAUCUUAAAGAGUGCAUAGAUUUCCUUCUGUGGCUGUUUGCAGCUUCUGUGGUGGCCUGGGCUGACCAUGGUGCACCAUUACUGCUUGGCCUUAGUGCUAACUGGUCACCAUGGAAGCACCAAAUGGUAUUACCAGAAUUAUCUGAGAAUCACGUUGGCAGGCACCCCACUGACAAGCUUGCUGUGCAAGAGACUCUCACUCUCCUUCCAAGCAGCAUUUCCCUUUUGCUGGCUAAAGAGGUUUGGAAAGAACAAACACAGAAGUUUAUUGACUGGCUGAUCAAUAUGAUGGAAAGUCCUAAGGAAGCAUUAUCAGAAUCUUCCAUGGACCUGCUGAAAGUUACACUUCUGGCCUUGAGAUCUCUUGCAGAGUUCAAGAAGAAGGCAGUGUGGACUAAAGCAUAUGGGUGGUAGCUGCAUACUGUAUCUUGUCAAAUGAAGAAAACUGUUCAUACCUGAAAGCGUAAUAUUACAACUCGGGCAUCAAGAAGACCAAUUUCAAAGAGAUUUCCGAUCAGAAGGUUUUGGAUUAUUUUUUUUCCCCAUCCUUUUACCUCCUCCCAAAGACUCAUAAGAUGAAAAACAGUGUUUUGUUUAUCACUGAUGGGGUGUUGUUCUUUAACAAACUAUGUAGCAUGGUUUGGGCUCUACUGAUUAUAAAUGAGAAACACACAUUCAAUGGUUUCAGUUGAGUUGUUUCAAUGACAGCUGGAAGCCUCGAAAGCUGGAGUGGAGUAUUUCUUUUAACUCAUGGAAGCUUUGUAGGAGUGAGUAAAAAAAAAACAACUCGUAAAAUUUGUUUGGAUGUAGCGUAUUUACUAAAGUAUGUUUUAGUGUAACAGACUUCUGAAUGAGCAUUACUUUUUAACUGAUAACUCUUUUUUAGUAAUAACAUGAUGCUCUUGCGCAGUAGUGAGAACACAUUAAAGGUAUAUAAUGUGAGCAGCGUUUCUGAAAGCGGUGGUAUGCUUGUCAAUUUUGCAACAGCUUUAUCAACAUCAUUGAAAUAAGUCAACGAUCCUAAUAGCUGCUAUGUCCCCAGCUCCAGGAUGGUUUCGGUUUUCCUUCCACUUCUAACUGUUCUCGUCUCCUUUACCUUCCUUUGCACAUAAGCAGAGUUUUUCUCUGCCUCUAGGCAAAAAGGACAGACAAUACAGCAACUCUUUUCCACCUUUGCCAUCUUAAAUAGAUUAGCCCCUGCCAUUUUCCUUAUUUAAUACUCUUCUCGUUCUGAAGGAAUAGAGAACUUUUCCACUUUGCGGUCUGGCUAAGACAGACUUUAAAAGGGGGUUUGUAUUUAGCAAUCCUCCUCACUAGAGUAGACAAAAUAACUGAAUAUAAUUGCUUGGGCACUGGUCCGUAAUGUCUUCCAAAGCAGUACUAGUGAGAGCGUUGUUGAUUUUGACCACCUUGCAUGAAAUGUUAUCGCCCUACAUCUAGAAGCCACGCCCUAUUGCAGGAAUUCUCUUUAUUUCAGGACUGAUAACAUCUCCCCUGCAGAAGAAAUUCUCCUCUGACUUCUUUAUGGGCUUUUCUCACGUAACAGGUUACAGUGAGUUUCCCACAGCGAUUAGACAUUUCUUCAGUGAUUAGGUGUGUGGAGGAUUAAUGCAGUACUUGUUUGUAUUUCCGAAAUAGUGUAUAAUAAUGGUAAUUUCCUGCUCUGUAUGCAGCUGUAUACUGAGAAGACAGUCUAAAGGUGAAUGUACAGAAGGAUUCACUGAAAGUGGUUGUCACUGAGUCAGUAUCUCAGUGCAUGACAUUUCCAAUUGUGUGCACUUCUAAGUAACCUCUAACAAAGCCAAAUAUGUCACGUUUAAUGGUGCCAUCUCUAGUGUACUGUUUCAAACUAACUUACACCUUUACUCAUCUGAGUUUGCAUAUGUAUUAGCGUUUUAAUUCAGAUUAAAAGUUUGCCUUUUUUUAAAGGGAAUCUCUGGGUAAUGCCCACAUGCUGUGUUUUAGUUUGCAUAGUAGAGAGUGAAUUAAACUAUACUGAUACACAGUAGAAAAGGUAAGCCAAGGGAUGGCAUAGCACUGCUUGAGGGUGGCAAUGCUAACACAGCUCCAGGGAGCAUUGGUUUAGGAGCAUAUCUGAAAUGGUUAUACACUAGUGCAUGCAGUAUGAGAAACAAACAGUAUGAACUGGAAGUGUUGGUCAGUUCCCAGAGCUAUGGUGUCACUGGUAUUGGUGAGACUUGGUGGAAUGAAUCUCAAGACUAGAGUGCUGGAUGCAGGGCUAUAGGCAGUUCAGGAGGGAUAAGCAGGGCAGGCAAGGUGGAGGAGUUCUGCUAUACAUAAGGGAGAGGUUUGACUGUACAGCCCUUACACUUAGGGAUGAUGUGGUUGACAGCCUUUGGGUGAGGAUUAGGAGGAUGGAAAACAAAGCAGAUGUUGUUGUGGGUGUCUACUAUUGUUCACUGAGCCACGAUGAUAGCACUGAUGAUUUAUUCUAUGGGCAAUUAGGAGAAAUCUCUGGAUUGGUAGCCCUUGUAGUUAUGGGAGAUUUCAACUUCCCAGACAUCAACUGGGAAUACCAGACCACUGUCACAAGCAAGUCUGGGGAAUUCCAGAAGUAUGUUGAAGAUAAUUUGUCACAUGCACUCAGUAAGCCAACUAGGAAAGAUGCCCUCUUAGACUUGUUGGUUUUGAAUAGAGGACUCAUGGGAGAUGUGAUGGUAGCUAGCUGUCUUGGCCACAAUGAUCAUGAAAUGGUUGAGUUUAAAUUUUUUGGCAUAAUGAGAAAAAAGGCCAACAGAGUUGCUACCCUGGAUUUCAAGAGAGCAAGCUUAAAGCUGCUCAGCGAGCUAGUUAGCAGUGUGCCCUUGGAAUCUGCGUUUGAGGGCUUAGGGAUCCAUGAGUGCUGCUCAGUUUUUAAGAACCACAUUUUAGAAGCACAGGAGCAGUCAAUCCCAUUGUGCCAAAAGUCAAGCAAGCAGGGCAGAAAACCAGCUUGGCUGAACAGGGAACUCCUCUCAGACCUUAGGCAGAAAAGAAAUUGUAUGAUCUCCAGAAACAAGGUCAGGCUUCACAGGAAGAGUACAGAGCUGUGGUUCACAUGUGUAGGGAGAAAACACAAAAGGCCAAAGUUCAACUAGAGUUGAAACUGGCCAGUGUUGGGUCAGAUAAGAAAAAAUUAUUUUUUGCAUAUGUUAAGAGUAAGAGGAGGUCUAAAGAAGGUAUUGGACCAAUACCUGGUGAAGAUAGUCACCUGACAAACAGAGAUGAAGAAAAGGCAGAGGCCUUCAGUGCUUUUUUUUGCCUCAGUCUUUAAUAAUACUCAUAGACCUUGGGCUGCCUGGUUCUCUUGAGUUAGAGGACAUGUAGGAGCAGUGACUCUCCUUUUGUGGACACUGAAAUUGUAAAUGGCCACUUGCAUCAGCUGAAUCUUUGUAAGUCCCUGGGGCCUGACAGGAUUCAUCCCAGAGUACUGAACGAGCUGGUAGAUGUUACAGCAGGACCCCUCUCAAUCAUCUACCAGAGGUCUUGGGAGUCUGUGGAGGUCCCUGCUGACUGGAAGCUAGCCAGUAUUAUUCUAAUUUACCAGAAGGGCAUGAGGGAAGACCCAGGGAACUACAGAACUCUUAGUCUAACCUGCAGACAGGGAGAUCAUUUACCAUUUACUGUCACAAAAACAGACUUGACUUGGGGAAGAGUAAUUUAUUGCCAACUAAAAAUAGAGUAGGAUGGUAAGAAACAAAGACAAAACUAAAACCACCUUUGCCCCACUCCUCCCUUCUUCCUAACCUCUACUUCACUCCUUCAUUCCUGACUCUUCUACUUCCUCUCUCCCCAAGAAGUGCAGGGUGGGUAGGGAAUGGGGGUGGCAGUCAGUUCGUAAACCUUCAUCUCUGAUGCUUGUUCUUCUUC